AAAUUAAUCAAUACCAAACCAAUCAGGUGUUCGACGAAAUGAUUCUUCAGACGUCAUUGAUCACGUGCUGCUGAUAAAGGGACUCUGCUUUGAAUUAUACCGCUUAGCGACUUUAGUACAUGCCUCAUAGCUCCAGUCACAAACUUAACCCCGUCCCUGAUGAUGAAGAAGAGGUGGUCUGCCUGCUGGAUGGAGAAAGACGCUCUCGUGGAAGAGGAGGCUGUUACAAUACAAAAACAAGUAGAGGUUGAGGCUGUUAUCGCGAAAGAAGAGAAAGAGGUCUCAGUUAAAGAAGAGGAAGACUCGUUCAGAGUCAAAGUGAAAGAAGUGGAGGGGGAGGUGACUGUGUCAUCGAAAAAUGUAGAAGAGGAGGAAACUGGAUAUCUGGGCCCGGUUUCCCAAGCGCAUCUUAAGGCGUCCGAUGGUUCUAACGAUGAACGGGCCCUGAUUAACACUAGAGAGAGACGUUUCUGUCGUGGAUCCUCUGGGGGUUCUGAACAACCUCAUGAUGCUGAAGAGGCAGAGAAGAGACUCUCCACCUCAAAACACUUCAAGAAACACCAGAAGAGACCCACAGGGAAGAAAUCUCAUUGCUGCUCUGACUGUGGGAAAGGUUGCAAAUCUUCAUCAGAACUUAAAAUACACCAGAGAAAACACACAGGAGAGAAACCUUACAGCUGUGGUCAAUGUGGGAGGAGUUUUUCUGCAUCUAGCUAUCUGACAGUACACCAGAGAACACACACAGGAGAGAAACCUUUUAGCUGUGAUCAAUGUGGGAGGAGUUUUACUGCAUCAAGCAAUCUGAUGAGACACCAGAGAACACACACAGGAGAGAAAUGUUUUAACUGUGAUCAAUGUGGGAGGAGUUUUACUACAUCUAGCGGUCUGACGGUACACCAGAGAACACACACAGGAGAGAAACCUUAUAGCUGUGGUCAAUGUGUGAGGAGUUUUACUACAUCUAGCGGUCUGACAGUACACCAGAGAAAACACACAGGAGAGAAACCUUAUAGCUGUGAUCAAUGUGGGAGGAGUUUUCCUACAUCUAGCAUUCUGACAGUACACCAGAGAAAACACACAGGAGAGAAACCUUAUAGCUGUGAUCAAUGUGGGCAGAGUUUUACAACAUCUAGCGGUCUGACAGUACACCAGAGAACACACACGGGAGAGAAACCGUAUAGCUGUGUUCAAUGUGGGAGGAGUUUUACUACAUCUAGUGGUCUUACAGUACACCAGAGAAAACACACAGGAGAGAAACCUUAUAGCUGUGAUCAAUGUGGGCGGAGUUUUACUAGAUCUAGCAGUCUGACAGUACACCAGAGAACACACACAGGAGAGAAACCUUAUAGCUGUGUUCAAUGUGGGAGGAGUUUUAGUAAAUCUAGCGGUCUUACAGUACACCAGAGAAAACACACAGGAGAGAAACCUUAUAGCUGUGAUCAAUGUGGGCAGAGUUUUACUAGAUCUAGCGGUCUGACAGUACACCAGAGAAAACACACAGGAGAGAAACCUUUUAGCUGUGAUCAAUGUGACAAGAGAUACUCUGAUAAAAGACCUCUGAUCAAACAUAAGAAAAUACAUGAAGAAGUUGUUUCAGGAAAUCAAUGAAAUAAUGUCACAAUGUAGAAUGUUUUAACUUUGUAGUAGGAGUAUUUUAAUGAUGUCACAAUGUGGAAUGUUUUAACAUUGUAGUAGGAGUAUUUUAAUGAUGUCACAAUGUGGAAUGUUUUAACAUUGUAGUAGGAGUAUUUUAGUGAUGUCACAAUGUAGAAUGUUUUAACAUUGUAGUAGGAGUAUUUUAAUGAUGUCACAAUGUAGAAUGUUUUAACAUUGUAGUAGGAGUAUUUUAAUGAUGUUCUACCUUAUCGUUUGCCCUGUUCAAUUGAUUGCAGCAUGAUAUGGAUAUUAACCUCAGGGGAAAUCCAGGCUCUGAAUUGAAAUAUUAUUUAACAAAGUGAGUAACAAAAAAAGAGCUGUGUUACACUUACUCCGUUGGUGACUCACUUUAAUCAAAAUGCAGCACUUCAAAAUGUACCUAGCUGUUUUCUACUAGUUGAAAAAGCUGCUUGUUUAAAAAAUACAUGUAAUAUGAUAAUUGUUGCAGAUGAAAGCAGUAUAAUAAAUUGGUCUAUAAUCAGUUUUAUUAACAA